GAGAGGCUUAUUAAGAAGGAGUAGUCUCACUAAUCCUAAGCCCAUAGGAUCUUGCCUGGCAUACAAAGCUGUCAGCUGCCUGCUUCCUUACUGCUAGCCUGCACCUUACAACGUGACCCUUUGAGCGUUACGCACCCGAGCAAUUGUUUUUGCAGCGCCAAAGCUUGCAAGCUAAUCCGAUUGGACGACAAACAAAAUGGCUGUGACGGAUGUUCUGUCGCCGGCAACCCGGCCCAUCUACGGCCGCAAGUACUCUGGUCUGAAGCGUUUCUCCUGGCCCUGGCGCAUCCUUGCCACCUACACCAGCUUCAUGACUUGGCUGGUCUCCACGCCCUGGCUCCUGGUGCGCAUGCUGGCGCCGUACAACUUCCAAGACAAUCUGGCGGACAUCGAGCGGGCGUUCCUCAACUUCGCCACCCCGCUCGUCAACUUCGUGCAGGACACCACCUACAAGGCCUUCUCCAUCGCCGACUCCACCGCGGACUGGGCCAUCACCACCGCCCUUCACGUGUACAACCACAACCUGAAGGGCUUUGAACACACCUUUGAUCACCUGCUGAGGAACGUGGAAGAGCGUGUCCGUAUCCUGAAGGUGGAUGGGCUGAACGGCAUCCCCAAGGCCCUCUCUUUCGACCUCUCCGUCCCCGCCAUCCAGAAGACGCCACUCGCCAACACCGCCAUUGGAGAGAAGCUGUCGUAAAGCGGACAUACUCUUACGAACAGUUGCCUGUGAAGAGGCUGCCUGUUGCAAAGAGUGACGUGUGACGUAUUAGUAAUCGAGGAGGAGUUUGCGUGUUUGUGCGCUUUGUAUUCUUUUGGUAGGAUUGCGUAUUGGGGGAGUGUGACGUAUGACGACCCAUGGGUCACCAGUGUGCGUUGCAUGCUAGUAGAGGGUGUUGCUGUUCAUUGUCUUUUGUUGUCAUUGCGUGUUUAACAAAGGUGGCAAGGCGUGGUAUGGUUGGCGGCGGCGGUUGGCGGUAAUGCGCAGGUGAGAGGGGUAAAUGCGGUGGGGUGGUGGUGAUGACGAGUAACGUGCCGGGCAGGGCCAUUCUCCCAAACGACAUAGCUUAUAGCCUUUACCUAACGAUUUGGAAGGUAGGGGCAAUAUGGCUUCUGGGUAUGCCGGUAAAAUUGGAGCAGAAUUACGCUUUGUAAGGUGCAGAAAACUGAUACUGAC